AUGUUGCUAUUUUUGGCUUUGCUACCUGUAAUUCCGGCGGAAUCAUAUUGGAUGACUGCUGUGCUGCUACGAGUUGAUUGGAGGGAGGGAUGCUUAACUACCGCUGGUUGCUCUAAACCCAGAUUCAAGAUCCUCAAAGAUAUGCUCACAUUUGAGGGAAAGAUCUCUAUCAGUUGGCCAGUUUCCGAGAAUUUGGUGCCUGAGUCUUCGCGUCCAUUUGCUUCCCAUUGGACGAAAGGCCCCAAAAAAUUUGGUACUCUCAUGCCAAGUGGUUGGAACCGAUCCGACCUAUGGCUUCCCACGUAUCUGCGAUCAGACUGCCUCGAUCCGCGCUUUCGAAGACAUGCAUCCGGAAGGAAUCGACGUCACCAGCAUAUCACUAAAACAUUGCAAUGCCGGAAGAGGAGUUGGGCAAAAAGCUGGUUGAGAAUCGAGCCAAGUGCUUCAAUGUCACCAUGGCUAUCCAAAAGCACACAGAGAGAUGUCCAUGGUGCCCUGAUCCAUCAGAAGUGA